CACAUUUACACUUCUAUGCUCAGUUCAUUUUGCUAUAAGUAAUUUGAUUUACUAAGGAUUGAUGAUAAGUGAAUUUGAAUUUAAGUGUCGGUUUUCUUAAGAAUAGUGGGCAUUCAUUAAUUCAUCUCAACAUUUUUCGCGUUUGUAAUAAGUGGACAAAUUCAUUGAGUAACCCACAGAACGUUACAACUUCCAUCUUUCUCUGUCUCUCACUAACUCUUUGAAGUUAGCACAUUUAUGUAAAAAAUGCCGAGUUUUCCUGUUUGCAUGUGUCAAAUACUGUAGGGAUACAGCCCUCUCAUCUUUCUACAUCCAUAAAGCCAUGUUCAGUGAAGAUGACAUCGAUUUCACUCCGUCUCCGAAUACCAAUUUAGCAUCACUUUUUGAUUCUUCUCGAUUAAGUCUCAACAAUGGGAAUCAGUCACUUACUUACAAAGCUCCCAAACAACCCAGAUCUCUUGGGAAACAUGAAACUCCGACGGAUUCCGACUCAUCUCUGGACUCAAGGAGAUCGAAGGUGGAAAGUCUCGAUAGUAAAUCAGCAGAAAAUUCUAGAGCAGCCAAAACUCUGGACCUCUUCAUCGUCAAGACUGUUCAGGCAUUUAAAAUGGAAAACGGAAAUUACAAUAAUGUCGGGAGGUUAAGAGCUGCUCUUUGUGGAAGUUUUGUCAACAGAUGUUUUGAAUUUAUCAUCUAUCGUGACAAAACAACUCAUGUGUGUCGAGCCUCUAUCAACCAAAAUUUUAAAUUUAUCGUGCAAAUAAAUAACUAUGCUGCCUUCUAUAACAAAGCAAAUCAACUGUGGUCAGUGCUUUUUGAAUCUCCCCAGGAUGCUUCAGAGUUCUCCACUCAGAUAGCCCUUGUCAAAUGGUGUUGUUUAGCUAAUGCAGGAAAAGGGAGCGAACUGUUAAUUCAAAAUUUAAUAGUUGGCUCGAGUGAUCAACUGAAAGCUGAAGAUGGCUCCAUCGUAGAUAUCUACUAUGUAGCAAAAACAGUUACACCCUCCUUCAAAAUUGACAGGGAAGUUGCAAACAAUCACAAUGAUGGGAAACCUAUUAGUGUAACAGUUGGCCCUGGAUGGGAGAAAGGACUUCAUGGUGUCACUGUCAAUUCCAAAAGAGCCAUCAUCAUUCCAUAUCAAUUGCUCGGCUCUUGGAAACCACUUGUUGCUGAUGAAUGCUCUCUCAUGUUACAAAUAACUGUUAUAAAAAUAACAAUUGCGCAAUCCCCACCAGAUACAAGACAAACUAUGGAUCUUCCUAAAAUUGGUGGUCCUCAAGACAGUAUAGAUGAUUUUGCGGAUGAUAAAACAGUUCCUCGAGUUUGUCGGCCCAGUAGCCGGAAUUCUAGAUUAAGUUACCCAUUGCCAGGUUUACAUGACAAAGUGCCACAUUCCAAUGAUUCUGACUCAGAAUCUGAAGAAGAUAAUCCUGUGAUAUCAAAGCUAGUUCCUGGAACCAAGCAAAAAAGUAAAUUCAAUAAUAGUCAAACGAAGAAGAGGAAAGAUAACUGCCCUGAUCCUAUGAACUUCAAAGGCGAAUCAUCAAGUCUAACUCAAUUCCAGCACAUAGAUCCUCUCACUAAAUCUUCAUCUUUCUCCGCUGAUUCUCACCUGUCAGUUUAUUUGUCAGAAAUGCGAAUCCAAAAUUCAGAAGUUCGCAUUGGCCUGGGACGAGUCUCUGAUAAAGUGGAUCAAGUUUUGAAUAAGUUGGAACCGAAGUCUAUCGUUGAUCUCAAUAGUCUCAAUGAAAAAAUCGGAAAAUUGACUGAAAUAAAUGUUGAGGUCAAAGACAGAGUUUUUUCAGAUUUUUCUACAAUUGCAGACCAAUACAAAGAAAUAAUAUCUCUUCUGAAAAAUAAAGUAGAUGAGCCAACAGUGGGAGAUCGAAGUCGCAGCUCCUGUUCAGGCGAAGGAGUUGAUAGAAAGAAUCAAUUUGAAUCACAUAUAGCAGACUUAGAAACAGAAAACUCGGAGUUAAAAGUCAUGCUUGCACAGUCUGUAAGAGAAAACAAUGACUUAAAAAUGCAUGUAACAACACUCGAACAAUUGAAUUCUCAGUUCCAAGAUGAUUUGGAAAAAGCUUCGCUUAAAGGAACUAAAAGCUAUGAAGAAACUAGCAAAGCAGAGAUCAAAGAGGGCAUCAAGCAAAAGAUGAACACUAUAUACCAUGCACUCAAGGCCGAGUUCCGACCAGAUCGGCACUAUCUUGGACAAGAAAUUCACUCUCAGCUAUACAAUAUAAUCAAGCGAGUAACAUUAGAAUACUUACAAGAAUUGAAAGGAGACAAUGUCCGUUCGCUUCGUGACAAUACAAUCGAUAAAAUGGAAAAAGAAUACAAGUCGUCUGAAAGCAAACCUGAUUCACCAGCCCCUCAAGCUAAUCCUGUCACAUUGAAUGAUGGAGAAACGAUAACAAAUGAUCAUAGGACAAAAAGUGAUGCAGAUAAUUCGCUCUCUGAAGGAUGACAGCUCUUCUUAUCUUCAAAGUUUUAUUGUUUAUCGUUUUUGUUUUGAUACUAGGCACUUCCUUUACCUUAAACAGAAUAAGACUUAAAAGGACACUUAAUAAUUGUUCUCUAUAACAUCAGAGGUCAGAUGGAUUCCUCGACGACUCACGUCCGCAAGUCUUACCGAAGUAAAAUUUCAAAAUGUCUUCGCUAUCACUCAGCAUCAUUCAAAUUUUGUUGCUCUCUUUUGGUUUGAAAUUCGCAGGCACUCAACAGUUAGCCAUUCAUGCUUUCUAAAGUAGUUGACAUAAUUCAUCAAUGUGUUUGUUUGGUAUAUGUCUCAGUAGACUAUUUAUAUAUGUGAUUUAUGUCAACGGUGAAACUCCAAAAACACGUAUCUUGUUUGCAGUGUUUUAUAAUCUCCGCUUUUUUUUUAUUUUUUUAAAGGCAGACAAAUCGACAUCAUUCUUUGAAGUUUUCACAGAAUAUUCUUCUGUAUAGAAGAAAAAUCACUGUACUUUUUGAGAAUCGCCUCCGAGUAAUUUUCUAUUUAAAAGAUUAAGUAUAACAGAAAGUCUGCAACGUUUCAAACCAACUCAUGAUGUUUGGGAGUUUCACCAUCGAUGUGCAAUUCAUGAGACUGUCAGUACAUUGUCAAUGUACAGCCAAAAUGGACGUAUUUCUAUCAAACGGAACUAAGCGCCAUAGGGGGAAGAGAGUAGAGGGGGGCUUAGAUUGGCCGCGGAACCAGGCGUCAGGCUCAUUCCGUCCUGUACUCACAAUGCUUUUCCAUGGCGCUUAGUUCCGUUUGACAGAACGCGCUAUCCGGCAUUCUAAAUUCCUCAAAAGGAACUCAAAUUGGCGUUUAGUUCUGUUUGACAGAAAUACGUCCAAAUGAGAGUCAUCUGUUACACCUUAAAUCCUCUGACUGGUCAGUUCUGCACGUGUGUUCGUAUUUUGAAGUUGUGGAGGCCUUUACCUAUCUCCAUUGCAAUUUAAAAUAAACCGGAAGAAUUCUACUGAAAAGAUCAUCACUCAUCAUUGGUAUGGUCCAAGUGUUCAGGCAAACAGUUUGUCAAGAAAGUUCAGAAGUUCUUUAAAUCCUCAAAAAUGGCAUCAUGUUCUCUCAAAACGAAGUAAAAGAAGUAGGGCAACAGAUUUGUUCAAUUCUGUGCUUAGAAAAAGGGGACAGCAAAAUCCACAUCCUUAUGAAUUUUAAUCAGAAUAUUAAUGAAGCGUAUUGAAGUGUAAAUUUUUUUUCCGGUUCCAAGUCAUGCUUUGUUUAUGUUACUCAGUUAACAUAGUUUGUUUCAUAACGGUUCAUGGAAGAUGAUCUUCAUGUCAUGGGCAGAUGGAACAUCGAUCUCGCUUUUUUUUUUUAAUUCCAAAAGAAUAAUGCCAUUAGUUUGAUCUCUGAUCUGUAGUUAAGUUUUCGGUGGGAAAUAAACAGUAUUUUCCAUGUGCCAACUGAUAGAGCGUAAAUUAGUUGCCUUUUUUUCCUUCUGGUUUUCACUUGGGAGACUAUUAGUAUGGCAACAAACUUAAUAAUUAACUCCCAAGUGACUCUUUAGUAAAUAGCUAGUAUUAAUUUAUUGUAUUCUAUAAGCUAAUUUCACACAAGUCCCAUUAGUUGGAGGUCAAGUUCACUUGUUAAUAUUCUUCUGAGACAAGCGAGAAAGUGUCACUGAAGUUGAUUUCCGAAGUUGCUGUGGCAUUACUCGCUCUCAACAUCAAAAUUUUAGAGAUGGCAUGUCAUGCUGUGUCUUUACUCAUAUAAUUUCUCCACUGGCUCAGUACCUAUUAUUUUUUCCAAUUAAUUUAACAGCAAAAGACGUAGCUGCGUUUUUAUUUUUCUCCAUAGGUAUACAGUUUUAAAAGAGUUCUUACUUCUUUUCAUGAACCAUUGUAAGUAUGAAUAGGAGAAAAAUUUUCCAAAAAAGCCUGGUUUUCAUAACUCUUUGUUGAAACUCUUGUAAAUAUCCUAAUCCUGCAUUCCAAAAUAUUUUUGUUACGUAUUGCUGUAAAAUUCAGCAAGAAAAAUAUAUGAAUCUGUUGAUAUUAUAGGUAUAACUUUAAAAUUAGGCAAGAAAAAUAUAUUAUCUGUUGCUACUAUUUUUUACCUGUUGAGAAUAAAACAAAAUUUAAAUUGCAA